AUGUUAAAUUUAUUACCCUUGAGGAAUGCAGCUAAUUCCCUUCUUUAUGGUAAAACUGGUCUACAGAGGAUUAGAGUCGGGAAGCAAGCCAAGGUCAUUGAGGUGGAUACAUCCUCCAUAGAUGAGAUUUAUAGCCAUUCAAGAGAUGACGUUACUCUCCACAACAACUUCGUUCCCCUAAAACACAAAAAUUUCAUGGAAUACAAACUUGUUGCAUAUCACUUGAUUGAAGCCUUUGAAAACCCCGAGAGAAGCUUCAAAACCACUCUCGGAGGAAUCGCAUUUUUCGACAAACUAAAGAAUCUCUACUCCAAAAAGAUGUUACAAACUGAGCUUGACGCGCUUCUAAACACGAAACAAACAUCCACUUCCUUUCCAAUUCAGGGAAAGAAUAUAUAA